GCUACCUCCGUUUGCRGGAGAGAGAAAGAGUGAGAGAGAGAGAGAGAGAGAGAGAGGGGGGACGCCGACGUCUUUACCGAUACACUCCUCCGUCGGUUAGAAGAGGCAGUCUAUUCAGAGUUAAUGACCAAGUUAAUAAAUGAUUUAACACAUAGACAUUCGGGGACUUUGGAUAUUUUCUCCCUGGAGAGGAACGCUGGACCCCGGUACAGGAACAAUCUCCAAGGUUGUUCCAAGAACCCCUCAACUAACCGACGGUGAAAAUAUGAACCCAUUGACUGCAAUGGCUCCUUGAGGAACUCCAGGUUUCCUCGAGUCAGCCUACGCUCUUAGAAUUAGGGGCUGUCUGCAGUGGGUGGUCUCUCUGAGGUCCUCUUUGGACUGCUCCUCAGUGUCGUCGCUCUGGGAAACGUGUGUGCACCCCCCUCCUCCCCACCUUCCUCACGCCCUCUCCCCCCUCCUCCCUCACGUCAUCGCUCCCUUUCCUCCCCUCCUUCCUCACGCCCUCACCCUUUCCCCACAUCGCAAACCCUCUUCAUCCCUUCUUCUCUCUCUCCCUCCUGCCCCCUACUCUCCCUCGCCCCUCCCUGCUCUGGACCCCCCACCCCUCGGUCAGCAAGCCGAGCAGGGGGGGUCAGGGCGCCAUGGUAACCCACAGCAGGCGCGACCCCCCCACCAUGAGCAGCAUGACCCCCCCAGAGCCCAGAGGUCAUGGGUCUCGUGUGCACCCCCUGCGCUAUAAACCCUUCAGCUCACAUGCACACUACCAACAGGUGCUGUGUGCGGUGCGUAAGCUACAAGAGAGUGGGUUCUACUGGGGUGCAGUGGGGGGUCGUGAGGCUAGCUCUCUGCUCCGCUCCCAGCCCCCCGGGACCUUCCUGGUUCGAGACUCAUCCGACCACCACUACUUCUUCACACUGUCGGUCCAGACGGCCCGCGGGACCAAGAACCUCCGUAUCCACAGCCAGGGGGGAAGCUUUUACCUGCAACCCGARUCGUGCUGCACACACAUGCCCCCGCGCUUCGACUGUGUGCUCAAACUGAUUGGACACUACAUGGGGAAGGAAGGAAGAGGUGGAGAAGCAGCAGGAGGAGGAGAGGGGGAGGCUGGGGUAAGGGCGGGGGGAGGCACGGCUGCGCCGGAAGGAGAGACUGUGGGGUCGGGGACUGGGAGUGUGUAUCUGAUCCACUCAGGGGGAGAGAAGGUUCCGUUGGAGCUGCGUCGACCCCUCCACUCCUCCCUGUCCUCCCUCCAACACCUGUGUAGGAGGACCCUGAACGGACACCUCGGGGGCUCGYUCAGCCCCGACACACACCAGCUCCCUCACACACUCAGGAACUUCUUGGAGGAGUACGAUGCCCCCAUCUAACACACACAUACAAACAAAAACACACAUACUCACACAGUUCAGGUUUGGGGUUUCCCCCUCUAACGGUUGAGGAUAGGAUUUGGAAAGGGUAAGCUGUUCCAGAUCGAUGCCACCGCUUUCUUACCAAGGGGAGCCUAAUAUAGGUAACCAUUGAUACGCCUCCGCUCCUGGACAGACCGUUGAUGGGAGUCAAGACGAGACUGGUAGGGUUAAAAGUCGUUGCCCUCUCAGCCAGUGACCCAAUCUCCCAGCGGGUGCUGUGAUUGGGUAGUCAAAAAGAUUGAUAGGUCGAUAAUGCAGACCGUGGACCCGCCACACAUGCAUGCAAACACAUACACAGUGCUGUGUGUGGCUUUAGGAGUGUAGCCAGAAGGUUGUUUUGGGUUUGUUGUGCUGCUGUGGCUGAGGUAUAGCUCCUUCUAUUGAUCAACAGAGGCUUUCAUCUCCUCCCUUUUUCUCCUGUUUGACAUG